CCAAGCUGAGCAGCCCCAGGAGAAGGGGUGAUAAACGGCUGCUGUCACCAGGCGCCUGAUGAGGAGGCGAGGGAGGCUGAGACGCCCGGUGCGAGGCCAGACAGCAUCCAGGUCCCAGCGGCGCCGGCGGUCACCCUUCGUCCACGCCCAGGCCCCGAGUUGCCUGGUCCUGCUGACUCCGAGCCCGGAAUGGCUUGUGCAGACAUCCCGCAGCCGCGGGUCCCAGAGCAGCCCCAGCCCAUCUCCGCAAGAGCCACAUCCCCCUCCGCCAAGGCAGCGGGCCCGACAGGGGGGCACUGGGGCUCCGCGGAUGGCGACUUGGAGUGCUUGGUGUGCCGGGAGCCCUACAGCUGUACCCGGCCGGCCAAGCUGCUGGGCUGCCAGCACUCCUUCUGUGCCGUCUGCCUCAAGCUCCUGCUGUGUGUCCAGCACAACACCUGGUCUGUCACCUGCCCCUUGUGCCGCCAGGCCACCUCUGUCCCCGGGGGCCUCAUCUGCAGCCUGCGCGACCAGGAGGCCGCGGUGGGGCUACUGGGCCGGCCGUGGCCGGAGGUGCGGCUGUGUCCGCAGAGACUGGCAGAUUCCGCCCCCUCGGCGGCAGGGCACCCCGGCGUUGCGGGAGAGGAUGCGCAGGACGAGGCGAACGCCAACCGCGUAGCCGCCCGGCGCCUGGCCGUGCACUUGAUCCUGCUGGUCUUGCUCAUUGUCCUCAUUCUGCCCUUUGUCUACCCGGGCGUCAUCCGGUGGGUGCUCACCUCGGUGAUCGCCUUUGCCCUGCUAAUGUCCUCGGUCUUCUGCUGUCACGCCAGCAGCCAGGGCAGCUGCUGUCCCUCCCCCGGGACUGUUUUCUGCCUAGGACGGAAACACAGCGAGAUCUCUUCCAUCGCCUGAGCAAGCCCUGAAGAGACGGCACCUGCUGCCUCUUGGGCCCCGUUAGGCUCACAGCGACCAGGUGAAGGGACUCUGAACGAAGGCUGCUUCCAUUGGAGGAUUAAAUACCCGUUGGACUUGUGAGCCAAAGCCGGGUUGUGUUGGGUCAAGAACUAUGUGCCUGGGUGACAGACUUAUGUCUGCCCGGGACACAGCGCAUCUAAACCGCGUGGGGUCUUGGAGGGGGCGCAGAUUCCUUGACCGCUGCAAGGGGCCUCCUGUUUCCUCUUACUCUAAUGCUCCUGGUUUUUCUUUGUAUAAGUUGAUGAACUUAAUGCAGAACAAAUAGAACAAAGACUCCUUUUUUUGCAA